AGCUCAAGGCAACACACGCACGCUCAAUAGUCUGCACUGCACACGCACACACAGUCGGGUGCGAUCGAGAGCAUGGCUGCUGGCAUGAAUGCUAGUGCUCUGUGCUUCGUCCUGCUAGUCGUCAUGGCGGCCGGCGGGGCGUCGGCGCAGCUGUCGACGGGGUUCUACUCGAGCUCGUGCCCGGGCGCGCUGGGCGCAGUCGCGUCGGUGGUGCAGUCGGCCGUGGCGAAGGAGCCGCGCAUGGGCGCGUCCAUCCUCCGCCUCUUCUUCCACGACUGCUUCGUCCAGGGCUGCGACGGGUCGCUGCUCCUCGACGACACGCCGAGCUUCCAGGGGGAGAAGACGGCGAUGCCCAACAACGGGUCGGUGCGAGGGUUCGAGGUCAUCGACGCCAUCAAGGUGGCCGUCGAGAAUAUCUGCCCGGGCGUCGUCUCCUGCGCCGACGUGCUCGCCAUCGCCGCCAGGGACAGCGUCGUCGCCCUGGGCGGGCCGAACUGGGCAGUGAAGGUCGGGCGGAGGGACUCGACGACGGCGAGCUUCAGCGGCGCCAACAACAACAUCCCCCCGCCGACGUCGGGGCUCGCCAACCUCACGUCGCUCUUCGCGGCGCAGGGACUCUCCCAGAAGGACAUGGUCGCGCUCUCCGGAUCUCACACCAUAGGCCAAGCUCGCUGCACGAACUUCCGAGCACACAUCUACAACGAGACUGACAUCGACAGCGGCUUCGCCGGGACCCGCCAAUCGGGGUGCCCUCCUAACUCCGGCUCCGGCGACAACAACCUAGCACCGCUGGACCUCCAGACCCCGAUCGCCUUUGAGAACAACUACUACAAGAACCUGGUUGCCAAGAAGGGGCUCCUGCACUCCGACCAGGAGCUCUUCAACGGUGGGGCCACUGACCCCCUGGUCCAGUACUAUGCCAGCAGCCAGAGCGCUUUCUUCGCAGACUUCGUGGCAGGCAUGAUCAAGAUGGGAGAUAUCUCGCCGCUCAUAGGGAACAAUGGAGAGAUCAGGAAGAACUGCAGGAAGAGUAACUAAAAUAACUAUUACGAUCAAGGUGAUACAACGUAUGUAUUGAGAGAUCCACGUUUUGUUGAAAGUUUGUGGUUCCACCUCGUUUUUUUUAUUUUUUGUGCUUCCACAAUUGUGAAAUUAAUAUGUACUCAGUGAUACGUCCGUUCAUUGAAUAAUUCGACAAUAUAUGAACCGUUUGUGUCA